AUGUUUGAUGGCACCACAUCUUUUGAUCAAUGGAAGAGAAAGAUGAAGAUGCACCUUGGUACCAUUCAUACCAAAGUGUGGAAUGUGACCAAUAAUGACUUUGUUAUCCUUGAUCCCGAUAAUCUCACUGACAAGGAUGAAAUCAACCAACAAUGCAAUAAUGCCGCUCUAAAUGCCAUAUAUCAAGGGAUUGAUUCAAAAGUGUUUGAACAAAUCAAAGAUCUUGAGAAAGCAAGUGAAGUGUGGCAAAGAUUGAUUGAGAUAUAUGAGGGCAACCAAAAUGUCAAGAGUGCCAAGUUGUACAUGCUCAAGGACAAGCUAUUCAACUUCAAGAUGGAAAAAGAUGAGUCCAUUCCAGAAAUGUUCUAUAGACUCCAAGUUAUAGUCAAUGAUCUUAAGAACCUUGGAGAGAAAGUGAAGGACGAGGACUUCUCACAUAAGUUCCUCAUGUGCUUGCCGAAGAGAUUCUCUACUUUGAGAAGAAUGAUCUUUAGAGAAGGAUUGAGCAAGGUGACUCCAAAUGAAGUGCUUGGUGACAUAAUGACCGAUGCUCAAUACAAUGAUGAUCUUAGUGAAGGAGAAGAGGACAAGAGGGAAAAGAAUGACAAGAAAGAGAAGAGUAUGGCAUUCAAGGCUUCAUCCUCCUCCAAGGGCAAGAGCAAGAAAGAAGAGUCAAGUGAGGAAGAAAUGGAUAGUGAUGACGAGGCUAUGGCACUUCUAGUCCGCAAGAUGGAUAAGUUCAUGAAGAAGAAGGGCUAUGGUGCAAGAAAGAGAAGAGACUUCACCAAAGAUAGUGAUGAUGAGAAGGAGUUGGAGGCCAUGAAGAAGGAUUUCGGUGGUGUUGCUAUUUCCAACAAACAAUCUCUCUUUGAUGAUGCUACAUCAACAUGCCUCAUGGCUAAGGCCACCAAGGUAACAUAUAAUGAUGAUGCAUGUGAUGAUGAUGACUCUUGUAGUGAUGAUGAUCAGGACCCUUCCAAGGAGGAGCUCAUGGACAUGUGGAUUGAUUCAAAAGUGUUUGAACAAAUCAAAGAUCUUGAGAAAGCAAGUGAAGUGUGGCAAAGAUUGAUUGAGAUAUAUGAGGGCAACCAAAAUGUCAAGAGUGCCAAGUUGUACAUGCUCAAGGACAAGCUAUUCAACUUCAAGAUGGAAAAAGAUGAGUCUAUUCCUGAAAUGUUCUAUAGACUCCAAGUUAUAGUCAAUGAUCUUAAGAACCUUGGAGAGAAAGUGAAGGACGAGGACUUCUCACAUAAGUUCCUCAUGUGCUUGCCAAAGAGAUUCUCUACUUUGAGAAGAAUGAUCUUUAGAGAAGGAUUGAGCAAGGUGACUCCAAAUGAAGUGCUUGGUGACAUAAUGACCGAUGCUCAAUACAAUGAUGAUCUUAGUGAAGGAGAAGAGGACAAGAGGGAAAAGAAUGACAAGAAAGAGAAGAGUAUGGCAUUCAAGGCUUCAUCCUCCUCCAAGGGCAAGAGCAAGAAAGAAGAGUCAAGUGAGGAAGAAAUGGAUAGUGAUGACGAGGCUAUGGCACUUCUAGUCCGCAAGAUGGAUAAGUUCAUGAAGAAGAAGGGCUAUGGUGCAAGAAAGAGAAGAGACUUCACCAAAGAUAGUGAUGAUGAGAAGGAGUUGGAGGCCAUGAAGAAGGAUUUCGGUGGUGUUGCUAUUUCCAACAAACAAUCUCUCUUUGAUGAUGCUACAUCAACAUGCCUCAUGGCUAAGGCCACCAAGCCCUUCAUCCACCACAACCGACUCAAGCUCAAGUAUGAGUGA